AUGACCGAAUCCGAAGCAGGGCACGUUUCGAUCGAAACACCGACACCACGACCCCUCUCGUCCUCGCCGCUCUCACCUCACCGCAAGUCGCCCAUGCCACCAUGCUCGUCGUCAACAUCCGCCCCACCCGCCGAAGUGGAAGCGACACUGACACGGCUCUCGUCGCACCAAGGCGUGCUGGGAUGUCUGGUCUUGAGCCGUCACGACGGGCUGGUGAUCCGAAGCGGCGGACAGAUGUUUGACCCCAGUGGACCGGGUGCCAAGCAGAGGGCCGAGAUGCUCAAGAGCGUCACCAGGCUUGUCAAGAGUAGCGUCGAGAGUCUGGCGAGCGAUAUUCGAGCGAUUGACGAGACGGACGAGCUAGGAUUCAUGAGGGUGAGGACGAAAAAGUACGAGAUCAUGAUCACGCCCAACGACAAGUAUCUGUUGGUCGUCAUGCAGGAUCCGAAUGCUGUGGCACAGUAG